AUGCCUUUAAUUGAUAUGCCAUUCAAGCGUGUGGCUAUAGAUUUGGUUGGACCAAUUACACCAGCCAGUGACAGGGGUCAUCUAUACAUCUUAACUAUGGUGGACUAUGCUUCACGGUAUCCAGAGGCCGUUCCACUUAAAAAUAUAGAUACAGAGACUGUAGCCGAGGCGUUGAUUGACUUUUAUAGGCGAUUGGGGGUUCCAGAAGAAGUACUAAACAUCCCUCAAGUCACUACUAAUAAACGAGUCGAAGAGGAUAUCCGGCGACUUGGAACUAUUGUCAGAUCCCCGGUCGAAUCAGGAUGGACAUCCCUCAAGUCACCACUAAUAGACGAGUCGAAGAGGAUAUCCGAUGACUUGGAACUACUGUCAGAUCCCCGGUCGAAUCAGGAUUGGACAUCCCUCAAGUCACUACUAACAGACCAGCUGAUGAGGCUAUCCGACAACUUGGAACUACUGUUAGAUCCCCGGUCGAACAUGUCUGCAUCACCAGAGAUGUUGCAUUUCGACAUCUACAGGCUCAGAUCAGCAUCGAGUUUUAUCAGAAGAGCAAGCAAUCACUAG